AAACUACAGAAACUGGCACAUGGAAACCAGAACAUAACAAAAAGCAAAAUAAAAGUUUAAAGUUUGCUCUGGAAAGGAAGUGGAAAGACUUUGUGGUGCAUGAUCUAAUGAUAAAUUUUAAAAAUUGUCUAUACACAGAAAAAGAGUGGAGAAGUGACAUUUCUGCUGUGUUGUGUUGUCACAUCAGUCAUGUGACCCCUUAUGCCGAUCACAUUGUCAUCAUGCUGUCGUGGCAACAGGCAUUCUGUCAAAACAAAUGUCAGGUUAAGGAUAAUUUUUUAAUUUUUUUUUUAUUCAUAUGCAAAUAAUUAAACAGUUCACAAACUGAUGUCAGUCAAUGAACACCAUGCAAUAUUAUGUUAAACUACAGCUGAAUCUGCUUUGAAAGAAUAUCUAAUAGAACAAUAAUGACCAAUAAUUUACUCAUCGUUAGAGGGAGGCACCAAAUUAGCAGUGCCUGGAAACUCACCUGUGUGCCGUUCUUUUAGUUUUGUUUUUACUGAAAGAGAAACUCUCACUAAACAAGCUGUGAUUUAGAUGCCCAGAACAGUCCUGCAAAAUAUUUACCAUGUUCAAACACUUGAAUCUUCUGCUGCUGCUGUUGUUGUACAUUUUCAAUUACAGUGAAACCACCACUAGAUCUGUGAAAGGAAAGAAGGGAGGCAACGUCACCCUGUCAUGUGACUUUAAGGCCAAAGACAUUUAUUAUAUUCAUUUAAGCAGGAGGAAAAGCAUCCUUUCUUGUCAGAAUGAAGAAUGUGAAAGUGAAAGUGAAAGUGAGAGUCAAAAUGGUCGAGUGUUUAAAGAAGGAUCAUGUGACGUCAUCAUCAAGGAUCUGAGACUGAGUGACGCUGGGAAAUACAUUCUGAGAAUCUAUUACACUAGCUAUCAGACAGAGCUGAAGCGACAAAUCAGGACGUACCGACUUCAUUUUCAGGAUUUUAUUUCUGUGAAGAAAGGAGAGGAGCUGAAGAUGGAUGUUCUGUUGAUGAAUGCUUAUAAAGUAGUGCACUGGAGCAGAAGAAGCACAGGGCGGAAAGAGGAUUGGAAUAGAGGUCACGGGGUCAGGAGUGAUCGAAUGACCAUAAGAGAUGGAAACCUGACCAUUAGUAAUUUUACAUCCACUGACGCUGGAACAUAUGAGGUUCUGGACUCUGAAGGAGAAAUCUUGAUCAUGGUCACAGUCACAGAAUCAAAGGACAAAAUGAACUACAUAAAUUAUGACACACAACAACAUACUCCCCCCAUUCCAUCUGAAGCAUAUUGGAUUGUCCCAGUUGAACUGUCAGUAUUUUUGCUGAUUCUGGUUGCUUUAAAAAGAAAAAGGAUGCACAGAUGUCCAGGUGCACAAAUGCACAUUUGCUGAGGAGUAUGCAAGAUCAGUGUUGUGGCCCCCGCCACAGAAAAUAAAAUAAUAAUUAAAAUAAUUAUAAUACAUUAAAAAUAAAUAACUAAAUAAAUAGGUAGGUAGGUAGGUAGGUAGGUAUUGUUUUCAUUGUUUUGACCCAUGUAUUGUAUUCUAAUAAAUAAGCCACCAAAGUUAUAAUUUCAGCAUUCUCGAUUCCAAUCGAGGGCCUCGAGGGCCCAAACAGGGCCUAGUUUGUGCAAAUAGGUGCACUUCUCCUUCUCAGGUAACAAUGUUAUAUGUUGCAUAACCUUUAUUGAAACAAGGGUCAAAGCCUUUUUUCUUGGUUCUAUUAGAAGUUGAAGUGUCUGCUAGUGUCAGUAUAUGUGUCAAAAAAUACAUGACCAGUCCGUUAAACUGUUGCACAUUUAUUUUCACAAACACAAAAAUGCAAAAACAGGAAAAAAAUACUUCAUUCAUUUAGCCAAUACUUACAAACAGUGCUCAAGUAUGGAUCCAACUCCUUUGAAAACGUACAUGUGUUAAAUCUGUACAAUAUUUUGCUUAGAUUCUGGUUUAGACAAUUUUCGUCAAUUCAACAUUUUUGACAGACAGAUGGUAAAGUAACUGUUUCUCUCUCUCCUUCUACCUCUUUUGAAUCAUUUUAGCUAAAUCAGUCAAUAAAGCUAUACUUGUCUGAACAUAUGAGGAGGAGUGGCUUUAAAGCAAACAAGUAAAAUAUACAAAGAAAACUUUAAGUAAACUUUGUAAUUUUUUUAAAUUUUUUUAAUUAAUACAGCACUUGCAGCAAACAGAAAUAGGUUGAGAAUAAUAAUAAUAGUACAAAUUGAAAGCAUAUUGAAAUUGGCCUUUACAACAUUGCCUCCCCCACUUGAUAUAAUGACUUGAUAUAAUGAAAUACAUUUUUGAGCUAAUUUUAAAAAACUUGAACAAAAGAUAUAAUAAAAUGUUUCUUUUCACCGUUUUUUUUUAACAAAUAAGCUUCAAAGAAUGAUUUUGGCACAAUGACUCCACACAGAAGGGGGCGCUGAUGUGCCACUGCAUAUACUGCAUUCUCCAUUUUUUACACCCCUGAUUAAAAACAAUAUAUAAUUGAGAAAAAAAAAAAAACACAAUAAUUUUUUUUAAAGGAACUAGCUGCUUAAUGAAUGUCUUAACCACUUUUGAUACUGUCAUAUUUUUAGUUUUUUAUGUAAUGUAUUUUGAAAUGGAAUUUUGGUAAUAUUGUAUUUUUGUUACUUUUUUGUGUUAUUUAACUUAAAAAAAUGUUUUAGAAGCAGUACAAUGUUUGGUGGACUUUAUAGUCUUAUUGUCCAUUAAAUGAAUUUCUUAUGCAUUUAGGAUAAAACAACAUCUAUCCUUUUUAUCUUCUAUCAUUUUCAUUACCUCACUGUGACUGUGAAGCUUCAGAUAUGUGUGAAUGUGAGCAGUCAUGUCUUGUGAGGUCAGAUAUUGUGUUUUUUGUACUGUUUGUGACUGCAUUGAAUGAAUAAUGCAAAUUAAGCACUAUAGCAUUUGUGUAAGUUGAAAUUAAUUUAAUAUUUUCUAUACAGUGUACAGUUGUUCAUUCUAUUGUCUGUAUAU